AUGUUGUUAGUGACCAGCAAUCGUCUCCAACUCCUUUUGGUGAACAUUCUAUCACUACUCAUGAGGUCGAGGCGACUGUCAUCGAAAACCCCUGAAAAUAUCGAAACGACGGACACGAUUGGUUUUGCACCACCAAUCUCUGAAAAGGCUAAUUUUCUCGAGACGACCGUUAUUGCAUCAAUCGCUGCUGUUGAACAUGAAAUGGUACCAGCUACUAGGCCCAUUGAUGUAACUCCAGUCCCAUCCCCAGUUCGUCCUUAUUGCGAAAACUGUGAAUCUCGCUUUUGCCCCAUAUGUGUAAACGACUAUAUGAUGAGUAUUGAUGACGUCUAUGAUAAUCUCCCAACACCUUCAACAAUGACUGACGCUUCUACUAUUGUAACUCCCUCUACACACAAAAAUAAAGAUCCAAACCAAAGAAAGAAGAUUUUUACAAAGUUCUGGGGACUAGACGAUCGAAAAAGGCAUUGGGAGUUUGUGAUCAAAUACACCAAAAAACUUCCUAAAGGACGUAAAACUACAGAAGAAACCAAACACAAGCGGGAAAACACUUUCGUCUACUACCUACCAAACUCACAGAAAGAAUCUAAAAGGGUUUGUAGAAAGAUGUUUUUAAGCACAAUAUCGUCUGGUGAACGAAUCGUAACUACGGCCUGGAAAAAAUAUGACGAAGAAAUCUCUAUAGCUGAAGACAAACGGGGCAAUUAUGAACACAAGCCUAGAGUCAUCGAUGACAUGAUGGUGCAGAGCGUGAAAGACCACGUGAACUCGAUCGAUCGGGUUGAAUCACAAUACACGCGAAAAGACUCCAAAAAGUUAUAUUUAAAGUAUAACUAG